UUAUCAACAUGGCGGAUGACGAACAAGAAUGCUACAAUAAGGUACAGUACAAACUCCCAGGGCCUACAGGACCGGAAUCGACCCAAAUACCCUUUUAAUUUAUUUCGGCCCCUACUAGUUUACGCUUCGCAGGUUUCAUUUGCAAUUUGUGGGUCUCAAGCCGAUCAGACAUAGUUUGGCGAUCAAAGAACGUGUGCUCAGAAGAAUCUUCAGCAGAAUCUUUCAUAUGGUUUCUCUUCGCACGUUUGGACUUUUUGCAUCAUUGGUUCGUCACAAGACUUUGUGUCAUCCAAUUAUGUCAGAAAUCGUGUCAGUAAAAUUGACUUCCGCUUGUGGUUGUCCGAUCUUGCUCGUCAAUCACUCCGUUACCAAAAUGAUAAACUUCAUUUAACAUAAACUAUUAAAUUGCAUGCAUUCACAAAAUUGACUGCACUCUGCAUAUGUUGAAUAUGUUAAUUUCAAGGUGGUCUUUCUCACGUCUAAUUUCAGCAAAAUCAGCCAGUUGGAAGUGAAAGCGAUGAUGAUAUCCCUCAGUUAUCGGCUCAUACUCUGGCAGCUUUGCAGGAAUUUUAUGCUAAAGAGAAACAAAGGCAGGAAUCAGAAGCAUCACAAGAAAAUCAGGAAAUAAGCGAGGACUGGGUCUGUCAAUCAAGCAAAUGAUUCAAAUUGCUUUUUUUUUCUGGGCUCCUCAAUCAGGCUUUUGCAAGGAAAUUUCUGAAGGCCAUGAAAAACCAAUUUGUGUUUUGUGGUUCUUUUUGUCUUGUUUAUUGUUCAUUUUGCUUUUUGCUCUCAUAGCAAUUGAGUCAGUUUUGGUAUGACAACAGAACAGCCACAAUAUUGGCAGAAGAAGCUCUAAGAGCAUCACAAAAUGGCAGGUGAGGAAAAUUAGGUUGUAAAGAUUGGAGGUAAGUAGAACACAACUUCUGUAUAGAGAGGUCCUUUCUCUAAGAAAGAAGAGUCUUUCCAAAGAACAUAUGAAAAUGAACCUGUGUAGGUGGUAAACCUGGAUGUUGACCUUUAUAUAUGUGGCUGUUGCAUACCCCACCAGACAAGAGAUUAACUGAUAAGAGCCAAAUGCAAUUCAAUACUUGUAUUUUGACUUUACUCAGAAAUGACAAAUAUACCCUGUGCACCUUCCAGUUAUUUGUUUUAAAGCCUAUAAUAUAUAAAGCAGAAUAGUAGAGACCUUCAAAUAAAUAUAAAUUUUAUACCCAAAGACUACGCACAUAAUAAUGCCAGUGGUUUAUUUCCAUGAGGAAGGGAGAAGGGUCUUAUUGGACCAUUAAUUAUAGGCUAAUGUCAGUUAUAAUGAUAAUAAUAUACAUGAACAAAUUGCCUUGUCUUAUUGAUCAAAAACAAGUACAUUUUUUAUGUAGCAGGAGUGCAAAGCUGUAACACAAGUGCAAAUUACUAAUAGCAUCCACGUUCUGCUAAAAUUUUGUCCAUCUUGACUUUCUGUGAUGUGUUUUUCAUGUAAAUUAUUAACAAGUAACAACAUGAUUUCUCAUACAAUUUUGUGGAAAUAUGCACUUGUAAAUUUUUCAAAGACUAGAAAUCUUCACAUGCCCUACAUGCUCGUGCAGUUUUGCUGUCUUUGAAAAUAUUUACUUGUGCUUAUCAAUGCCAAAUUGCACUCAAAAUCAUGUUGCUACCUAUACUAAUUCAAAGUUACUUCUAAUUUUCCUUGUUAAAUUCCAGAAUAGCUUGCCUUUGUUCACCAACUUUGUACAAAAAACUACUUGAAAUCAAACCAGAGGGAUGUGAAGCAAAAGUCUUCGAAUAUGACAGAAGAUUCUCUGUAUUUGGUGAAGAUUUUGUUUUCUAUGACUACAAGAAGCCGUUGGACUUCCCUGCUUCAGUCACUGAGCACUCCUUUGAUAUAGUUGUGGCUGAUCCCCCUUUCCUCUCAGAAGAAUGCCUCAGAAAAACUGCAGAGACAAUAAAAUACCUUGGAAAAGAAAAAAUUAUCUUAUGCACUGGUAAGUAUCAGUGACAAGUACAAAACUGUCUUGAUUACAGUCAUGAGUUAUAGAGUCAAACAUGUUAUCAGUAGCCGUGCUGUCAAUAUGUGUUGAUACAUUCUUAAAUUUUUUAUAUAAAAUAGAGCAUACUAAUAAUGAAAAUUAAGAUUAUUAUUAACCAUUUGAUCCCUGAGUAACUAACAUCUAAUUUCUUCCUUCAGUCACCCCUGAAUCACACUUAGAGGUCACAAGAAUAAAGGGAAUGAUCACCAACUAAUGAUGCUCUUGAUUGUUGAACAAAUUCUCCUUGCCCACACCUUAGAAAAUGUAUAGAGAACAGUAUGGAGAAUAUACAAACUGGUGUUCAGUUGUGAAGGGUUUAUUAGGGAGAAAGAUGUUUGGGGGAUGAAACAUUGUACUCUCUGAAGUUGCUGAAAAAGAAAUGCAUAGACCUUGCUUGAGAGAGGUGGCUUUCUGACCUGAAUGCAAUGCUGAAACGUACUACUUGACUGUGUUUGUUGGUUUCAGGCCAAAUCAUGGAAGAUUUAGCUUUCAAGUUGCUCAGAGUAGAACCUUGCAAGUUCCAACCAAUACAUGCCAGGAACCUCGCCAAUAAAUUUGCUUGUUUUGUAAAUUAUGAUAGUGAGCUGGAUAAAUGACAGAGGCAUUUCUUUUAGAAGAUCAACAGUUUGUGAAUUCUUUUACACAGCUUGAGGCCUCAAAUUCUACUGCACAGUAAAGGCAUGUUAUUCAAUUUCUCAUCAUACUGAGCUAAAUCAUGUCAAUGGAUUUGCAGUGCUACAAUCUCAGUGGAAAGUGAAAACUGUUUAUGGUACAUACUUGCUAAAAACAGGGGAACACCAUUCUUGACAAUAGAAUACAAUAGUUCUUUCAUAAAAUCCCAGUCUCAUUAACAACAGAGAAAAAGUGCUCAUUUAGAAAUAAUCACCAUGUGUUAAGGCCAGGUUAAUAAUUUUAUGCAUAAAAAUGAAAUGUGUAGACAGUGUAUGUCAGAACACCUACCACAUACAAUUCUAAAAGGAUUUGCAUUGCAACAAGAAAAGUUUAACUCGAGAAAAUAUAAUUUUACAAUCAGAGAGUAGUACCACAGGGCUAGUAAUUAUCUCUAGAGCUUUGGGCUAUCACAGUAGUUUGGCAGAGAGUCUUAGAGUGUUUACACUUGUCAAUGACUUCCCAAUCAUUUUCAUAGAAGUGAAUGAAUGCUUCAAGGUCACUUUCUCCACAGCCCUUGCCAGUUUACAACAAUGAACUCCUUUCCUUUAACCACCCCUCCCUACCACCUUCACUGUCCAUUUGUAUUCAGUAAAUUCCCCCCCGUAGUAUUUCUCCUGCAUUCUGGAUGACAACCUAAGAGAGAUUGCUAUAAAUCUGUUGCCAUAAAUUUUGCAGUCUUAUAAGUUACACCACUCACAAUCUAUUCUAUGAUGGAUAAUGAAUAAAAUGAGCGUUUCAGCACAUACCCAUUUGUAUCUUUAUUCAAUAAAAAUGUUGACCUGUCUUGUGGUUACCAGUAAAUUUUGAACAAGAGAAAAUAGGAGGAUUUUUUUUGCUCUUGGUUUUGAAUGACUAGUAGGUUUAUACUACCUGUUAAAACAAUUAAACUAUUGGCUGCUAAUUUUCAUAUGUAAUAGUGUGAGGGCUUCUCUCUCACAAGCUAUUAGAUUGAUGUUUCCAAUGUCUCUGUCACCUUCCUUAUGGGCAAUUCCACACUUGCCCCAGGGUUAACAAUGGGCCAAGUGUCUGUUGAGUAAAGCUAUCUUUGAUGCUUUAAGUAGAAAACUAAGAGACUUCAAAAAUAGCAAUCAUCUCUCAAGAGUUCAAUUUGAAUCUAUACCAUACUCCUUACACUAUCGAUACAAUACCAAGCAGACAAGUGAUGGAAAUACAGAAAAAUAUCAAUUAGGGGAUUAUUAGUUGAUAAAACUAACAUAACAAAUGCAUGGCAAUCAGUAAGAAGAAUUUCAAAUGAGAUCUUGAGAG